AUGGAGAAUGUCGAGCAUGUAAGGGACUUGGUCACGAGCCUUCAAAGCUCUAUUGAAGAGCUACAGGGCACAUUACAACCUAUAACUGAUCGCCCUUUGGAUGAGCUAAUCAGAGAAUGUGGGCUGCCGAAAGAGGAAGCGGAGUUUCUCAACAACUACCUAUAUUGCACCGUUUCUUUAAUAUUUGCAUAUCUUAAAAUCCAGGGGAUAAAUACCGAUGAACACCCCAUAAUGAAGGAACUAGACAGGGCGAAAGCGUCUAUGAAAAGGUUAAAAGAGAUGGACAAUGCUGAGAAGAAGAAGGAAGAGAAGGACGCAAGAAGCAAUGAGAAAGCAGCGGAGUACAUUCAAAGAACAUUGGGCGGUGUGUCUGGUGGCCAGGCUGCUUCAGAAAAUAUGAAAUCUCCAGCUAUCUCAGCGUCAAAUUUUCAGGGCAAGCAUACGAAGUUUACCGACAUGGAUGACGACUCGGAGCCUGAUAUAAACCCAGAAGCGACAAGGCUGGAACCUCUAGCGAAGCCUCAACAGUCAAAGACACACAAGUAUCAAGAAAGCCCUCAAAACAAAAUUUCAAAGCCAAAGAGCAAGGGAAAGAGACUAAGACACAAGAAGUCUAAGAAUAAUAGUUAA